AUGAUGCUCACACCGCGUUUUGAAUUGAGUCAGACAAAUGACUGUCUGCAAAUUAUGAUUUGUUGUCCGUAUGCUCAUUUAACUGAUGUCGAAUGUGAUAUAAUAUCGGAUAAUGAAUUCUACUUCUAUUUGAAACCCUAUUAUUUACAUUUAUAUCUACCAGGGAAGGUGAAAGAUGAACAAAACUAUACUUAUGAUGUUGAAAAUAGUACAUUUACGUUUCUGUACAAGAAAAUGGUAAUGGGUGAAUAUUUCAAUGAUCUCGAUAUGUUAACAAACUUAUUAUAUAAAGAUAAGAAGAUAACAAAUAAAAUCGCAAAAGUUGAAACUGUUGAAAGUGUGCAGGAAGAUGAAGAAGAGGAUGAUGAACCAAUGUGGUCUUUAUUAGAAGAGAAAUUAGAUUCUGUUGAAGAGUCCUCAUCAAUUCAACUUGUUCCUAAUCAUUAUGGUUUUAAUCUUUCUUACUCGGAAAUAUUUUCAAAAUUUGAUCCUGAAUAUUUGUUAAUAUUUGAUAAUAAGAUACCAGAGAUUUUAAGUCAAAAUGACAUUCGUCUAAAACGAUAUGAAAUGGAACAAAAAGAUUUUAAUCCUGAUCAUUAUUUAUUUGAUUUAUUUGACGAAGAAAAUCAAGCUACAAUACAAGAUUUAAUCGAUUAUAAACCACAGUAUGAUAAACAUUUUACAGAACAAGAUAAAGAUGAUCUCAAAAAUUUACCACACAAAAAAUUGCUAAUAGAGACAAACAACAAUAUUUCAUUAUACUUAGGUUUAGUUGAUUUACUAUUCUCUUAUUCGUACAAUAAACGAAUAACUAUGGGUGAAAAUUGUAUUGAAUCACCUUGGAAUCUUCAAAAAUUAUCUUCACAAUUAUCAUGGUUCGAUUCAAUAUUUAACGAUUUAAACGACUGUUUACUCUCUUGUCUUAGACGUUCACUAAUCUAUCCACUCUAUCGUUCAUUUGAUUUAUCAUUAAAAUGUUUAUGUGAUGUAUCAUAUAUCCUAAAAAUGGGUAAAAAGUUAAUAUUAAAAUGUUUAUUAGAAAUUAGACGAUUAUUCUUAGAUGAAGAACGAAGAUAUCUGUUGAAUGAUUUAUUUAUUGAUGAUUAUUGUUUAUGGUUACAAUCUUCGCAAUGCCAUCAGAAAUGGUUGAUAUCAUUAGGUGAAACGAUUGAGAAUAUUCAGUAUAAAAAAAAGCAAAUGAAUUUAAAUUUAGACAAAUUAGAAGAAAAUCAAGAUGAGACUGAUGAACUCUGUUGGAAAAUAAAAUUAGUGGAUAUUAGUGACGAGGAUGAUGAAGAAGAAUAA